ACUUACUUUUGUAUUAAUAAGUGGUUAAAAUUUGCUACAUUGAAAGUUUUUUUCUUGUUUUGAAAAUGAAAACUUUUACUGCUACAUUUUUUGAAAAUCUCAUUGCUAACUCAUUUAAAAGUUUUAACUUUUAAUUCGACUGUAUAAUUUCUUUCAUUUUGUCGUUCUCGUGAAACCGUGUACGUCUAAGUCCAAAAUGUAAACAAACGUUUAGGUGAUUCCGGUGGUUAGUGAGUGGUGGUCCACGACGUCAAUCAAAACAGAACACGUCCGCAGCCAGGACUUGGACGUGGAUAUCUUCGAAGGAGGAUGGUGCGGAACAAGGUUAGGGGAUUAGGGGAUAGUUGGUUUUCAAAAGGAUGAGGCCAGCUUCCUACCGGAUCUGCAGCUGUUUCACGACCGAAAUGGGACGCCGUUUAUGCGGAUGCGAAUUUGCACCGGUUGUAUUCGAUAAAGUUAAUUUUAACGGUGAGGAGAAGGAUCCGUCGGAAGAGGGAAACGACGAGAAGCGAUCGGAGGUGGUCAGCGCGGAUGUUGCACUCGGUGCCGGCGGUUUACGACCAUCAGCAGCAUAAUGUGCCGGAAGUGAUGACGGGACAGUGUGGGAUGUCCUGAGGGUCCGCAGUCCAUUUUUCGGUGCGGGACAUGUUUGACGAGUAUUACAUAAACAUCCGGAAGAACAGUUUGCACCAGUUCUGGAAGAAUCGUCUGUACGAAAGCCGCAUAGGUCCUGAAGCUGUCGUACUCGGAUUACUUCCAGAGGUUGGCGCGAUAUCCGACGAACCUGAUCAAGAGCAUCUACCUGGAAUACCGAAGAAGUCACCGCAACUCCCGCCCGCAAACUCUCAACUCGCGGCGGCGCAGCUUCGGCCGGAUGAACUGGCAACAUCUGUGUCAUUCUCGAAGGACGACGAUGCGAUCGGGAACUAUCGGUUCAGGCGUUUCACUUCCCAGUCGGAAAACGUCGACUUACCUUCCCGAAUUAACACCCAAUGGCCAACUCCUCCAAGCCUGUCCUGAUGAUGGCCGGCAACGAGACUACCCUGUUAUCUACAUCGCUGUCGCGCUCCAAAAU